AUGCUCGCCGCCACCGACGGACCUCUGCUCGGCGUCAACGCGUGGGGCGAUGAAGAUCCCGAGCCGACGGAUGAACCCGAGGCCUUCAUCGACGGGUGCGACGAGCUCGCCACGCCCGAGGAGGUGCUCACGAAGCUGGAAAAACUCGCAGCCGACUUGGUCCUCGCCACCCUCCGCAGCGACCCCCCCGCGACCCCCGUCCCUGCCGCCGCGAUAUCCUUCACCGUCGCCAACGUGCGACGCGACGGCGCGGUGCUCGUCUCGAGCGACGGACCCCUGGCUGCGCACCGCGUUCCCCUUUCGGCCACGACGACCCUCUCCCUUCGUGACCCAAACAAGCGCAGGGCGGAGCGCUACGCCAGGAUCUGGACAAUGUUAGCGUCGUCGCACGCGCACCUCCGCAGGAACGAGAAGGUGACGCAGCGCGGACUCUACUACCUGAUGAGUUCCGGCGCGCACACCAGCUCGCUCUUCCCCGAUCCGGCGACGGUCAACUCCGCGUUGCUCGACUCCGUCUCGCUCGUCGCCGUCAGCAGGCGGUCCCUGGGGGUGGUCGCUGCGCCUCGGGGCGAGGUGGGCGGAGCGAUGUCCAUCCGCGAGGGCGAGGACGCGCCCUGGCGCAGCCUCUGGGACGAGUCGCGUCAAAUCUCCGGCGAUAUCGCGGCCAUCGCCAGGUGGGAGUUCCGCGGAGACUUCCGCUACGUGUUGGUAGUCGAGAAACAUUCCGUGUUCCAUCGGCUUUUCGCGGAGGAGCGGGUGCACACGCGCCUGCCCUGCGUCGUGGUCACCGCGAAGGGUUUCCCGGACCUCGCGACCCGAGCGUUCCUCAAGCGGCUGCAACUCACGCACCCGCACGUGCCGUUCCUCGGGUUGGUCGACUGGAACCCCAGCGGCGUGCUGAUCCUCGGAACCUACAGAGCCGGCGGGAGGACGUCUUCGGCUGUGUUGGAGUCCAGCAGGUACGCGCUCGAGCUCAAGUGGCUCGGCGUGAGGUCCGCGGACCUCGCGACGAACCCCGCGAGGAUUCCCCUGACGGAUCUGGACCGGGCCAAGGCCAGGACGAUGCUAAGAGCAGACGGGGCGAGGUUGGACGGCGACACAGCUGGCGACGAGUCCACCGACGCCUCGACCGAGCGCCUUCAAUCGGCGAGGGCGAGGGAGCUGACCGCGAUGUGCGCGACGGGAUUCAAGGCUGAGAUCGAGUCGCUGUGCCCCGGGAGCUGCGGCGGGGAGGGCAGGUCGCUGUCCGACUACGUGGUGGAGAAGAUCCUCCGCGGGGAUUACGCGGACUAA